CUCUUAUCUGAACAAGGGGAAAGGUGCUGUGAGAAUUGUAGUGAGCAGGUUUUGCUAUGUAAUGAGUGCGCAUGCGCGAGUGUUCAGACUUGAAGUUAUAUCUAGUAAAUGGUCAACCUUAUGCCUUGGUCUCUGGUCCAUUCAUUAUUAAUAUAAGUACAAUAAAGUACAAGACAUGGUGUCAGAAGUCGUCGUCCCCGCCUCUGAGAUGAUUGCAACUAUUCAACGCAAGUGACCGGAAUGUUCCGAACAGUUUGACUACGUGAAAAAAAAGAGAAGAACUUUUGAAUUCGCCUGGUGAACUAGCAGAGCUAACGCUAACGUGGAGCUACGUUGAUACAUUUGAGAGGAGCGUUCAAAGGUAAACCAGAAUGGAUUCUCUUUUUUCAAUAAGUCCGCCAAAAGCUUUUGACUUUGGAGACUUUGGUAGUUGGCCUAAUUGGAUUCGACGUUUUGAAAGAUUCCGCAUAGCGGCAGGACUCAAUGCAAAGACUGAAGAGUAUCAAGUUAACUCGCUAGCCACGCCGUGUACCAUUGCCCUUAAGGGGAAAAGUUCAAGAAGAGUUAAAAAGGAUGGAGGAAAUGGGUGUUCUUUCUCCCAUAGAGGAAGCUACAGAGUGGUGCUCUGGAAUGGUCGUAGUACCAAAACCUAAUGGGAAAAUUAGAAUAUGUGUCGACCUAACCCGCCUGAACGAAAAUGUGUGCAGGGAGCGACAUAUUCUUCCAUCUGUUGAUGAGACGCUAGCUAAGCUAGCUGGAGCUAGGAUUUUUUCCAAACUGGAUGCCACUGCGGGUUUUUGGCAGGUGCCUUUGCACAAAGACUCAGCUCCACUCACCACCUUAAUCACAUCGAUAGGCCGUUAUUGUUUUAAUCGGCUUCCCUUUAGAAUAUCAUCCGCACCAGAACACUUUCAGAAGCGAUUGACACAGAUGCUUGACGGCCUGGAGGGAACUUUGUGUCAUGCAGAUGACAUCCUGGUGUUCGGUGCCACGCCCAGAGAGCAUGAUAACAGAGUGCAUCAAGUGUUACAAAGACUGCAGCAGCGAGGCCUAACUCUGAAUGACAAAUGUCAGUUUGAAAAGGAGGCCCUUGCUGUCACCUGGGCUUGCGAAAGAUUUCAGACCUACCUCCUGGGCCUACACUUUGUGAUGCGAACUGACCACAAACCAUUAAUCAGUCUUCUAAGCUCAAGGCCACUGGAUGACGUCCCGCCUCGUAUUAUGCGCUUCAUAUUGAGACUAAUGCGUUUUUCCUACUCAAUUGUACAUGUACCAGGGAAAAAUCUUAUUACAGCUGACGCUCUAUCAAGAGCUCCACUCCUGCGUACUGCAACAGAGGAAGACCUUGCGCUCCAGAAUGACGUGACAGCUCUGAUUCCAGCAAGCAUGCAACAGGACAUCUUAGACAAAAUUCCCCAGGGUCACCAGGCCAUGGUGAAAUGCAUGGCCAGGGCCCAUGAAGCAGUGUGGUGGCCUGGGCUGACAAAUCAAAUCAGAGAGAAAGUACGUCAGUGUCAAAUUUGUGCUAAAGAGACUCAAAAUGCCACAGAACCGCUGAUGACCACACCCUUGCCAUCACGCCCAUGGGAACGGCUAGCAGCUGACUUGUUUGAGUGGAAGAAGGGUCAGUAUUUUGUAGUCAUUGAUUACUACUCACGUUACAUUGAGGUUGCCAAUCUCACAAGCACUUCAGCAACAGCUGUGAUUAAGAAAAUAAAAGCCAUCUUUAGCCGCCAUGGGGUGCCAGAUACACUCGUCACAGACAACGCACCGCAGUUUGCUGCCGCAGAGUUAGCUGAUUUUGCUAAGGAUUACAACUUUCAACAUGUUACCAGUGGCCCCCGUUACCCACAAAGCAAUGGGGAAGCUGAACGUGCAGUAAAGACUGUGAAAUCCUUGUUGCAGAAGAGUGAGGACCCUCACAAAGCGCUUAUGGCGUACAGAGCAACUCCUCUUGCCCAUGGAGUAUCACCAGCGCAGCUCCUAAUAGGGCGCAACAUCCAAACACCCCUUCCGGUCUGUCCAAGCACUCUCAAACCAGCAUGGCCAGACUUGAGAGCUUAACUUGAGAGCUUAAGAGACAACAGGCUGAAGGAUACAACAGACGACACAGAGCACGGGAGACUCCACCACUCCAACCAGGUCAGAGAGUUUGGAUACGGAAUGUACCACACACAGGAGUCGUCUCUGGCUCAGCAGGGACACCACGUUCAUACGUGAACCAAACCUCAACAGGCAGUCUCCGAAGAAACUGUUCUCAUUUGAGAGUGGUGCCUUCACCGUCUGGAAGCCAGCCACACUCUGGCCUACACACCAGGGUUGGCAGAGAAGUCAAUACAGAUCCAUACCACAACAGAGAGGAUCAGGCAGUCCACCCUACCUCUCAGUUAGGUUAUGUACUGUGUUCAUAUGUAAAAAAAAAAGGAAGGAAAAUGAGAUGUGGAAUGUAUGUCUAGAUAUGUGUUGUGAAAUGUGUAUCUAGAUAUGAGAUAUAAAAUAUAUGAAGUUCAUUUAACUAGUUUACCUAUGCUCAUGUUUACAGAUGCUAAAGAUGCCAGCUAUCCCCUGCCUUGUUGGUAAAAUCAGCACUAGGCUUUAUUAACAUAUGAUUUAAGUUUUCUGUAAAGAUCCUGAAAGUAUCAGUUUAAAAGGGGGAGAUGUAGUGAGCAGGUU